ACCAGGUCGACAAUGUAUCUCCAUAGUACCUUGGCAAGCGGCCGGACCUACAUUUCGAUCUACGGUAAACCCCAACAACCUUGGAAUUUAACGAAACUUUUUCUUCCUUCACUAAUUCAUAGAACAUACUACCCCCCACGUUAUAGCCCAUAACGACAGUUUAACAAAGGGUAUCCGAUUAUAUCAGUACCAAUUCCAUUUCUAUUUCCAUUUCCAUUUAGGAUGGAUAAUCUCAAUAGUGCCCUCGCGUCUAUACCGCAGGGUGUGCAAUUGACCUUUGCCGGCCUUGGAGCUCUGUUCGUAGCCUCAAAAUUAUUGAGCUUUCUUCGUCUUCUUCUGAGCACCUUCAUCCUCAGCGGCACCAACCUCAGGAAAUAUGGCAAAAAGGGUACCUGGGCCGUCGUGACUGGCGCGUCUGAUGGUCUAGGAAAAGAAUUUGCUACUCAGUUGGCUGCCAAAGGUUUCAACCUUGUCCUGGUAUCCCGGACCCUAUCUAAGUUAGAGACACUCUCCAAGGAAUUAGAGGGGAAAUUCUCUGGACUGCAGACCAAGGUGCUUGACAUGGACUUCUCAGCCGAUAAGGAUGCUGAUUAUGCCCGUCUUGCUAAAUUGGUCGACGGUCUUGACGUGGGAAUUCUUAUUAACAAUGUUGGCCAGAGCCAUAGCAUUGCUGUUCCUUUCCUCCUCACCGAACAGAAGGAGUUGCAGAACAUUGUUACCAUCAACUGCCUCGGCACUCUAAAGGUCACGCAAAUUAUCGCACCCGGUAUGCAGACUCGCAAGCGUGGUUUGAUUCUUACAAUGGGCAGCUUCGGUGGAUGGAUGCCGACCCCGUAUUUGGCGACCUACUCGGGUAGCAAGGCGUUCCUUCAGCAUUGGUCAUCUUCGCUCGCUGCGGAACUCAAGCCAAGCAACGUCGACGUCCAGCUCUGCCUAAGCUACCUAGUUACUACGGCUAUGAGCAAAGUUCGGCGCGCGAGUGUCCUGAUCCCAAGCCCGAAACCAUUCGUACGUGCAGCCCUAGGUAAGGUAGGGCUUGGCGGCUGGCAAAGCUUUGCGUAUACUUACACGCCGUACUGGAGCCAUGCGGUGUUUGCCUGGGUCGUCGAAAAUACGAUUGGAGUUGGCCAUUCUUUCGGUAUCUGGGUCAAUCUGAAAAUGGAAAUGGACAUCCGGGAUCGUGCAUUGAAGAAGGCGGCCCGAAACGCUAAGAAGGAAUAAGCGAUUAUUACGUCGUCUCAACUUGGACGAGUCGAGGAUAUCGGCCCUCGGGUGGUGAAUAUUUAAUAUAAGUGGAUGUGAGAAGGAGAGCAACUCGGAUCGAAAACUGCCAUGUUUUGAGUAGAUAAAUGACAGGUGAUUGGGGAUUCGUACAUAUACUGCACCCAAAGUUAGGAUCGAGCCUUAACAAAUAGUGACCAACGAACACGGCCCGCCUAGGUAGAUAUAUACAUAAGAUAUCUGGAAUCAGUCGAACAUUGGAAAUUAUCUGUUUUCCUCAACUUCGAAGCAUUAAGUUCCUGCAUAUGUACAUGUAGGUAUGUAAAGUCGAGAAUGGGAGCUCAAGCAAAUGACGAAAACA